AACUACAUUACCUCUAUUUUUAUUUAAUGUUGAAUAUAGUCAGUUCUAUGGAGAAUAGAACUGAAAAUAGAUAAUUGCAUUUUGGCCCCGUAAAUUUCACUAUUUCGUUUAGAGCCCCUAAAAAAGGAGAACAUCUGCCAUUACGCCCCCAUCCCUCAAAACAAACCAAAAUCAAAAUUAAGCAAAACACUACCGCAGAAAAAUCAUGAAAAUCCAGUGAAAAUUUUAGCUCCUCAAAUUCUCGGAAUCGACGUCAAUGGCGAACCCUAGAAGACCAUCCUAUUCCUCGUACCCGCUCCCGAUAUCCGACCCGAUUCCGAACUCGAUUCCGCAGUUCCAGCCUCAAACCCCACAAGCAGCGUCGACUGUUUUGAAUUCGCUCAAGAUUUUCCUCAAGAAGCCUCACGCAUUCCCGUUUCUGCUCUCAAUCUUCUGUCUUCUCGCAUGGGUUUCGCUCAGAUUGCAGCAUCGUCACAGUCAUCAGCCGUUUCGCCAAUCGCCGUAUACUGUUUUAAACGACAAGAACGGCGGUUACUCGAAGGAUUCUAGUGGAAAUCUUGUGAAAUUCUCCUCGGUUUCGUCUCCCGUGACGAAGGAUAAGCGUGGCUGGUUGAUUGAUCCCAUUUCAGCUGCUCUGGAUUAUGGCGUUUCAGGUGGAGCGGUUUCUUGUGCUUCGGUUCAUGUGGGUGAGAUCAGACCUGGAACUUUGAGGGGAAACCAUAGACACCACACUUGUAAUGAGACGUUUGUGAUAUGGGGAGCUAAAACGGUGCUCAGGCUGGAAAAUAAAGAACUGGCAAUAGGAUACUCUGAGGUGACAGUUGGCACUGAUGAAGUUGCGGUUGUAGCUAGUCCUAGUGGCUCUGCACAUGCUUUGAUGAAUGUAGAUACUAUUCGGAGCACCUUUUUCAUGGGGUGCCAGGACGUUGUUGUAAAUUAUAAUGGUUCAGCUACUGAUUUUCAUGUUUGGAAAGAUCUGAGUUAGUUUCUUUAUCUAGUUUUGAUGAGCCGCUGCUUCCUCCUGUAGUCAUUCCUUCAGGGAGCAACGCACCCUUGUAGAAAGAUAACAUUACGAUUCUCUGCAUGAAUACACAGUUUUUUGUCAAUA